AUGGAGGCCACAGCGCUCUGCAUCACACUGUGGAUGACGGUGUUUCUGCAGCUCUGUGAACAGAAAGUUGAUGCAGAUGUUUGGAUCGAACCAUCCAGACUUCAGGUCUUUGAAUACGAGCCUUUCUCUUUAAGAUGUGUGGGCUUCGAUGGUUUGACCGAUGUGAACAUUUCACGGCGGAACAAAGCAGGAAAGAAAACUUGUGACGGCUCAAUAUGGGGUUCAUUGAAUGAGACUACUUGCACCAUUACAUCUCCUUAUAAAGAGGACAGUGGAGAUUACUGGUGUGAGGCUAGAGGGAAGAAAAGCACCUAUGUGAACGUCAUUGUCACCGCUGGCUCUGUGAUCCUGGAGAGUCCUGUGCUUCCUGUGAUGGAGGGAGAAUCUGUGACUCUGAGCUGCAGGAACAAGAUGACCACUUCCUCCAUCCUGUCAGCUGACUUCUAUAAAGAUGGCCGCCUCAUCAGGCGCAGCUCUACAGGAAACAUCACCAUCCACAGGGUUUCUAAAUCUGAUGAAGGACUCUACAAGUGCAGCAUCUCUGAAGGUGGAGAAUCACCAGAGAGCCGGCUGGCUGUCAGAGUUUUUUAUUAUAGUUUAUUCACGACUGUGUUCACCGUAGUGAUGGUGGCUCUGCUGCUGCUGCUGCUGCUGCUGGUGGGACUGCUGCAUUGUGGGAAACUCAGGGUCACACAGAAAUAA